GUCUACGUCAAACCGGAGCGGCUGCCAUUGGAUGUUUACGCCCAAUAAAUAUGAACCAAAACCUAAAAAAAAGGGACUCAAACCUCUAAAAGUCCCUAAAGUUUCUGUUUUAAUGGAAUGUGAGACUUGAAGUCACCGAGGGUCACCACCGGCUGCCGUUUGUCCGGAGCACCGACGUCCUGGUCCUGGUCCUGGUCCUGGUUCUGGGUUCUGGUCUGUGGACUCUGAGAACCUCAGACUCAACAUGUGGUGGUUCCAGCAGGGUUUGUGUUUCCUGCCGGCGGCGCUCGUUGUCUGGACGUCAGCGUCCUUCGUGUUUGCGUACGUCACGGCAGUUCUGCUGAGACAUGUGGAUCCUCUGGUUCCGUACAUCAGUGACACGGGGACGAUGGCGCCUGAGAAGUGUGUGUUCGGCCUCAUGCUGGAUGUGUCGGCCUUUUUAGGUAUGGCCACAGUGUAUGUGCGUUACAAACAGGUGGAGGCUCUGACAGGUGAGACGGAGCUCCGCCUCCUCAGACUGAACCGCUUCGGGCUGUCGUUGGGCAUCAUCAGCUCCUUCGGGAUGUGUGUGGUCGCAAACUUCCAGAAGACCACCCUGUUCGCCAUGCACCUGGUGGGGGCGGUGCUAACCUUCGGGGUCGGAGCGCUCUACAUCCUGGUUCAGACUCUGCUGUCCUUCUACAUGCAGCCCCACGUCCACAGCAAGACCAUGUUCCGGGUCCGGCUCAGCGUCGGGGUCUGGACCUUCAGCUCCAUCAUCAGCAUGUUCGUGUCGUCGGUCAUCAUGUACAGCAGCCUGCCCGGGGUCGACGUCCCUCACAAACUGCACUGGACGCCCGGAGAGACGGGGUACACGGCUCAUAUGAUCAGCACCGUGUCCGAGUGGUCGCUGGCCUUCUCCUUCAUCAGCUUCUUCCUCACCUACAUCAGAGACUUUCAGAAAAUCGACCUGCGAGCAGAGGCCGACAUCCAGUGCGACCACCUGUACGACCGGCCACCGGGGGGCGUCGUCACAGCGUCUUUCCGGCACAAAGAUGACACGUCUGAGUCAUCGCCGUUGCUGGGACGACCGUCAUGACCAUGUGACAGGAAGUGAGCAUCUUCCUUCUACUCAGAGUUCAUUCAAACUGGUUUAUGAAAAUAGAGAUGUGAAGUAUUUUCUUGCCACAUUUAAAUUUUAUUUGCACUUUGUAAUUAAU